CGGGGCGCGCGGGCGGCGCGCGGCGCGUCCGGGAGCGGCGGAGCCGGGAUGAGGCCAUUCCGAGGAGACGAUGGCAGAGCAUAGCCACGCUCCCAAGCAGCUGGAUUUGCAAAACGGCAGCUUAGAGGCCGGCUUGGUGACGAAUGCCCUGGAGAGCGAUUCCCACAGCAUGAUGGAGAGCCUGAGCCCCAAGAAGUAUUCCUCCAGCCUGCGGUUUAAAGCCAACGGGGACUAUUCGGGCUCCUAUUUAACCCUCUCGCAGCCCACGCCGGGGAAGCGGAGCCCUUCCCCACUGGGGGCCAGUGUCCGAAGCAGCCCCUCCGUGGCCAAGGUCCAGGGAAGCAAGCAGUACCCCGGCGAGGCUGCUGAGAAGAGUGUGGCCCUGAAAUGCCCCGCUCCCUUGCUCAGCGGGUACCCCCUCGGCAGAGCGGACUGGGACCGGGACAGCGAGCGGUCCCUGCGGCUCUCCGAGAAGCCCCCCUACUCCAAAUACAGCCCGAGGAACAAGUCCCACGACAACGUGUACUUCCUGGGCGGGCUGGAGGGCCGCAAGGCGUCGGGCUCCCUGCUGCCCAUGUGGAACGGGAGCGCGGUGGGCGCCAGCAGGUCGGGGGCGGCCAGCAUGCCCUCCAGCCCCAAGCAGGCCAGGAAGAUGAGCCUGCAGGACCACCCGACCCUGCAGGCCAAGCUGUCCCGGCCCAGGGAGCCCGAGAGCGCGCCCGCGAGAGCUCGCAAGUACUCCAGCAGCAGCCUGAGUCACCUGGGCGCCUGCAGCCGCUCCUUGCCCAGGCUCUACCGCGCCUCCGAGCACCAGCUCACGCCUUUCACGCUGCCCCCCAGGACCUCGCUGGGCAACUCCAAACGCACAAAAUCGGGGGAGAAGGAUCUACCUCAUGGCUUUAUCGACAAUGACAAUUAUCUGAAUUUUUCCUCGCUAAGCUCGGGGGCCGUCCCCUAUAAGAGCUCCGUGUCGGAGGGCCACCCCUACGUCAGCUCUGCCCUGAGCGUCCCGGCCAGUCCCAGAGUGGCUCGCAAGAUGCUCCUGGCCUCCACCUCGUCCUGUGCCUCCGAUGACCUGGACAGGGCUCCCUACUCCGGCGUCAGCUCGGGCCAUUCCUUUCUUCCCGGGGAGACGGACCGCAUGUUUCUGGCCCGGAGGAACUUCUCCUGCGGAUCGGAGUUGGAUGAUGCAGAUUUGGACAGUCUGAGACAGGCGUCGGGAACCCCGCAGCCUGUCCUGCGGGAGCGCAAAAGCAGCAUCAGCUCCGUUUCCGGGCGGGAUGACCUGAUGGAGUACCACCGCCGUCAGAGGGAGGAGCGCCUCCGGGAGCAGGAGAUGCAGCGCUUGGAGAGACAGCGCCUGGAGACCAUCCUCAGUCUCUGUGCUGAGUACACGAAGCCUGAGAGCCGCGUGUCCCCUGGCGCCACCGUGGCAGAUGUGCAGAAGAUCAAUAAGGAGCUGGAGAAGCUGCAGCUCUCCGACGAGGAGUCUGUGUUCGAAGACGCCCUGGUGAGCUCUGACGUCAGAUACAGGUGCCACCGGAAAGGCUCUCUGCAUGAUUCGGACUUGUCGUCCUUUGGGAGCCUUUGCCAGAGCAGUGCCAGCUUCCUUUCCCCCAGGAGCAUCAGGAAUGAGGAACUGCUCAGGAGCCCCCCGUCGGCCUCCUCUGCCUUUCUGAAAGCAUCCAGUGAAUCCACUUACCUGAGUAUCUUGCCAAAGACCCCUGAGGACAUAAGUGAGGAACAAAGGAUUCAGGAGUUGGCUACCAUGGAAACAACCCGGAUUACAAUUCUGAACAACCUGGAGGAACUUAAACAAAAAAUCAAAGACAUAAAUGACCAGAUGGAUGAAUCUUCCAGAGAGUUGGACAUGGAGUGUGCUCUUCUGGAUGGAGAACAGAAAUCGGAAACAACUGAACUUAUGAGAGAGAAGGAGAUUUUAGAUCAACUAAAUCGGAAAAUAACAGAACUGGAGAAGAACAUUGUUGGUGAAAAGACCAAGGAGAAGGUAAAGCUUGAUGCUGAGAGGGAAAAACUAGAGAGGCUUCAGGAGCUUUACUCCGAGCAGAAGACCCAGCUGGACAAUUGUCCUGAGUCCAUGAGGGAACAGUUACAACAACAACUGAAGAGGGAUGCGGAUCUAUUGGAUGUGGAGAGCAAACACUUUGAGGACCUGGAAUUCCAACAGCUGGAGCGAGAGAGCCGUCUGGAUGAGGAAAAGGAGAACCUGACCCAGCAGCUCCUACGAGAUGUGGCUGAGUAUCAGCGGAACAUUGUUACUAGAAAGGAAAAAAUCUCUGCUCUGAAAAAGCAAGCCAGCCACAUUGUACAGCAGGCUCAGCGAGAGCAAGAUCAUUUUGUGAAAGAAAAGAAUAAUUUAAUAAUGAUGCUACAAAGAGAAAAGGAAAAUCUUUGUAAUUUGGAAAAGAAAUACGCCAGCCUCUCUGGGGGGAAAGGUUUUCCUGUGAACUCCAGUACAUUAAAAGAGGGCUAUAUCAGUGUAAGUGAAAUUAAUGAGCCAUGUGGCAAUUCCACGAAUCUAUCCCCUUCCACCCAGUUCCCUGCUGAUGCUGACGCUGUUGCCACUGGGCCUGCCACAGCUGUGCUGGCGAGCCAGCCACAAAAUAAAGAGCACUUUAGAAGUCUGGAAGAAAGAAAAAAACAGCAUAAAGAAGGCCUCUAUCUGAGUGACACUUUGCCACGAAAGAAAGCUGCACCUUCCAUAUCCCCACAUUUCAGCAGUGCUACUAUGGGGAGAAGCACCACCCCAAAGGCUCACCUGCCCCUGGGACAGAGCAACAGCUGUGGCAGUGUUCUCCCCCACUCGCUGGCAACCAUCACUAGAGACUCGGAAUCUCGGAGGAUGCUCAGAGGGUAUAAUCACCAACAGAUGAGUGAAGGACAAAGGCAGAAACCUGAAUUUUACAGCCGCACAGCAUCUGAGUCAAAUGUCUAUUUGAAUAGCUUUCACUACCCAGAUCACAGUUACAAGGACCAGGCCUUUGAUACUUUGAGCCUCGAUAGCUCUGAUAGCAUGGAGACCAGCAUCUCUGCUUGUUCACCUGACAAUAUCUCUAGUGCCAGCACUUCAAAUAUUGCCAGAAUCGAAGAAAUGGAGAGACUGUUGAAGCAGGCUCAUGCAGAGAAAACACGGCUUCUUGAAUCCAGGGAACGGGAAAUGGAAGCCAAAAAACGAGCUCUGGAAGAAGAAAAACGACGCCGAGAACUCCUGGAAAAAAGAUUGCAGGAGGAAACUAGCCAGAGGCAGAAGUUAAUUGAAAAAGAAGUGAAAAUCCGGGAGAAACAAAGGGCCCAGGCACGCCCUUUGACGCGCUACCUGCCUGUCCGGAAGGAAGAUUUUGAUUUGCGGAGCCAUGUAGAGACCGCUGGCCACAAUAUCGAUACCUGCUACCAUGUAUCAAUCACAGAAAAGACCUGCAGAGGAUUCCUUAUCAAAAUGGGUGGAAAAAUUAAAACUUGGAAAAAACGUUGGUUUGUUUUUGAUCGGAACAAGCGGACGUUCUCUUAUUACGCAGACAAGCAUGAAGCUAAAUUAAAAGGAGUUAUAUACUUUCAAGCCAUUGAAGAAGUAUACUAUGAUCACCUCAAGAAUGCUAAUAAGAGUCCUAAUCCACUGCUGACCUUUAGCGUCAAGACACAUGACAGAAUCUACUAUAUGGUAGCACCAUCACCAGAAGCCAUGCGAAUUUGGAUGGAUGUCAUAGUUACUGGGGCCGAAGGAUACACUCACUUCCUGUUGUAAUGAACUGGUGCAAUAGUCCACCUGAGGGCAGAUUGCAAUAAUAUUUUACAAAAAGGAAGCCAUAUUCAGUCCACAAAAAAGGACACAACAGACCCAGCCUUCUUCUAUGUACUCAGAAGUUCUUUCAUAUUAGAAAAAAGACAUUGUAAGAGAUAAAUAAGGGUUUCAGUUCCAAGCUUGGUCAUUAAUAGCAAAGGAAUUGAAGCUUUCAUGAGAAUGAAAGCACUUGAUAAAUAUCACCACUUACAAAGACAUUUCGUAUAAACUAGUUUUUAACAUUGUUAAUCUUAGAGAAAGGACUAAACAGUUUAUAAAAUAUAUGUCCUUGGAAAUAUGAAAUUAUUUAAACAUUUUGAUUGGCUUUAACAUUAUUGGUAAGCAACUUACUUUUUUUAAAAGGAGCAUUUUGCUAAAGGAUAUUUUAUAAAUAGCAGUCAUUAAAGGUUGGGAGGGAAUAUAUUUUGCCAAAAUUUUAAGUUAUGACAAACAAACCAAAGACUUGACUUCAUUUUAAUAGUAUUUUUCAUUGAUGAACUACAAUUAGUGUUACUGUAUAUUUUAAAUGAUAUUUUAAAGCCAUCAAGUGCCCAGGAAACUGACUUUGAAGGGUCACCAACAGCCUAAGCUACUGUAUAAAUAUACCCAACCACUUUGGGGGAGUUUUUUUGUUUGUUUUUUGGGUUUUUUUUGUAAAAGAACAAAACCUGUGUGUGUGUUAGAAAAUUUUAGAAUGUGUCACAUGGAAAAUUUAUACAAAGAGAAUAUCUGUGUAAGGAGCUGAAGAUUUCUUGCAAAAAUAUCCUCCGUUCCUGGUGCUGAGAAUAAAGAUAAGCGGUAGCGAAUCUCCUGUCGUCUUGAUUACUCUGUGUAACGGAGCACACGUGUUCAUUGCAGCUUCACAUGACAUAACUAUGAAAUCAGAGCUCUACAGUCACCAAAGAACAGACCAAUAAAAAAAAAUACUUAUUUACAGAUGUGAUGUAGGUCUAUAAAAAGGCAAAUGAAGUUCAACUUAAUGUUCUCUGUAAUGUACUAUUUUAUUAUGUAUUUCUUUACAAUUACACUUUUUUAGAGAUAAAUUAAUUUUUGUUGAAUGAUAUGACUUCAGGCAAGUCUCUUUUAUACUGGUUUUUAAAUGUCACGUAUUUUCUUUGUCAUAUUGUUUAUACAUAUAGAUGUACUGUCCUAAAACUUAGCUAGUGAAUAGAAGUAGAAAAUACCUUUCUAUCCAGAGUGAAAGGUCUAUAAGAAGUGUCUGUAAAAUCCUCAGAAGCGUCUGUAAAAUCUUUGUGAGGCCUAAUUGGGUACAAUCUUUUAGACUUACUAUCUUAUGUGUACACAUGUAUUCAUGUUGCCAAUAUUAAGAUUUUUCUUCUGGAUGACACAUGAUUUUACUUGAACCGUCAAAGACAAAUUCACAAUUAUAGAGGACAUUUUUAUAGUCUGGUUUUUUUCCCCAGAGAUCCCAUUGAAACCCUGUAAUGUUCUACAACAGUAAAAUGCAAUUGUUGUUUAAUAUGAAGAUAGAACUUUUCUGUGUUGAAUACUUUCUUUUUAGAAUUAUAAAGCUAUUCUGAUCAACUUGAUUCUAAUCAACUUUAUAUCUUGCAUGAUGUAGUAAACUUUAAAUAUGUGUGUUAAAAUAAGUUGUUUGGUUUGAAAUGUUGACCAGGUUUCAUAUUAGAAAAUAAAAUCAUCUCUUAUUAGGAAGUUACCUAUUGGUAAUACAAAGGGGGGAUGAUUUAACAAUAGAAAUUAGUUGUUGAAUCUACAUUAAAGUUGUUGUGUGAUAGUAUUAUGAUAUGUAGUUUGCAUACUGAAUUAGAAGUAUCUGUGGACAUAUUCCUCUUGCAUAAAAAAUGAGAUAAACACUGAAAAAUCUAACAUCUUAUUUA